AUGGUGCUAGACUUCUCGGUCAAUAUACCUGUGACCGACAAGCAGCAGAUUCGGGUCUGUAAUGUUUUUGUCAACGACUUCGAUUACCACAGCGCCUCAGCUUUGUCUUCUCCUACGAAUGAGACCAUCACCAGGCAAGUUAUCCCUGAAUUGGCAUGGACACCUGCCACGUCUGGCAACGAGAUUGGUGGCAGACUCGUGGCACAGAGCGUGGAGCACUUGAGACGUUACCUCGCAAACAGCCGCCAAACCAAUGAUCGCAUCAUGCUAUUCGGCACAGUAUCCGGCACCACUGCCGGUGUCUAUGUCGGUGCCGACCUGGUGGGAUCUAGCGUCGCAGGACAUCUCUUUGACUCUUUCCUCGACAAUCUCUACGUCACUGGCAUCGCCGAUUCCAAGUCUUCUCUCGUCCAGGUGUGCGAUGACCUCACCGGCAACGACAUCUUUGGCCUCAUUGCGGUCUCAAGCACUGACUUCGGCAUUGUUCAUGAUGCCGUCGGACGCUGGUCGAACGGGACCUGUGUCGACACCUCGUCAUACGCGAAAACUAUUCAACUCAGUGCCACCAAUGUUUCCACGAUCAAACCAGAGAUCCCAACAAACCCAACAAACGGCACAACACCCAACAACUCAACCGUUUCUGUCAGAGGCUUUUUGCGACCACGCGCAGACUGCCGGACCGUCACUGUUGAUGAUGGGGAUGACUGUGGCAAGCUCGUCACCAGAUGCGGCGGCGGUCUCACUGCCGCCAACUUCUAUAAGUACAAUCCCGAUUCGAAACUAUGCUCAACGCUUCAGCCUGGCCAGCGUGUCUGCUGUACCGCCGGCGAGCUGCCCGACAUCCGACCCAAGCAGAACGCGGAUGGGUCCUGUCACGCCUACCAAAUCAAACAGAACGACUUUUGUAACAAGAUUGCGACGGCAAAUGGUCUCACUGUGAAAGAACUUGAAAGCUUCAAUCAAGACACCUGGGGCUGGAAUGGGUGCGAUGAUGGCUUCUGGCCUGAUAAUUGGAUUUGUCUAAGCAAGGGCACGCCGCCUUUUCCCUCGUCCAUCGCCAAUGCUCAGUGUGGGCCUCAGAAGCCUGGCACGACGAUGCCGAGCGGAUCUGCAUCCAGAGACUGGGCAAAGCUGAACCCUUGUCCUCUGAAUUCAUGCUGCAACAUUUGGGGACAAUGCGGCACGACGACCGACUUCUGUAUCGACACCAACACGGGACCUCCGGGAACAGCCAAGAAGGGGACGUACGGUUGCAUCUCCAACUGCGGCAUGACAAUCGUCCAGAGCGGUCCGCCGGCGCAGUUCAUCAAGCUCGGCUACUUUGAAGGUUUCAACUUGGGCAGCAGAGACUGCCUGAACAUGGACGCCACACAGGUCGACCCCUCAUUCACCCACCUUCACUUCGCUUUCGGCAUGAUCAGUGAUAAGUUCGAGAUUUACCAGGAGAAUGAACUUGCUGAGUUCCAAUUCAAGCAGUUUAAGAAGAUCAAGGGUCCGAAGCGCAUUAUCUCAUUCGGCGGUUGGGUCUUUUCUGCCGAGGCUCCCAACUACCCGAUCUUCAGGAACGGUGUCAAAGCUGAGAACCGAAAUAAGCUUGCGGACAACCUUGUGAAAUAUGUCGUCGAUAAUGAUCUCGACGGACUGGAUCUUGACUGGGAAUAUCCUUCUGCGCCCGAUCUUCCGGAUAUUCCAGCAGGAGACGUCUCUGAGGCUACAGACUACUUGAGGCUCCUUGCUCUUCUGAGAUCCAAGCUUCCCAAGGGUAAAACGCUUUCAAUUGCCGCCCCGGCUUCUUUCUGGUACUUGAAGCAAUUUCCAAUCAAAGCUAUGGCGGAGCUGCUCGACUAUAUCGUCUACAUGACCUAUGAUCUGCACGGUCAGUGGGACGCGGGUAACCAAUGGGCUUCCCCCGGAUGCCCGACCGGAAAUUGUCUACGGAGUCACAUCAACCGCACGGAGACCAUGGGCGCCUUGACGAUGAUCACCAAAGCCGGUGUACCAUCGAACAAGGUGCUCGUUGGUGUUAGUAGCUACGGCAGAAGUUUCCAGAUGGUCGACCCGUCUUGUACCGGACCCAAUUGUCAGUUCACCGGCGACAGAACGACAUCGUACGCUAGGAAGGGCCGCUGUACGCAGACAGGGGGCUAUAUUGCCAACGCUGAGUUAAGUGAGAUAGGUGGUCGCACCUGGACUGACACCGAAAGCAACUCCAAUAUCAUGGUCGACGGUGAUCUUUGGGUUUCAUACAUGGACAACGACCUCAAGGAAAGCCGCACCCAACUUUACAAGCGCUACAAUAUGGGAGGCACCAUCGACUGGGCCGUGGACCUCGUCAAGUUUCACGAUCCGCCCAAUUACGGCAUCGACUAUGAGGGCAUCGACCUUGGUCUUAGUUGGGCUAUGGUCAAGCAGGGCAUCAAGAGCGGCAAGGAUGUCGAUACGAUUGGCUGCGAAAGUUCGCGUGGACUUCGCACUGGCACAUGGGUUACAAAGCAGUGCACCAUACGACCAGUCACCAUCCCAUCGGAUUUUACCCCCACUGAAAGAUGGGAGGCCCUUGGGGCCCAGGAUGCCUGGACUGACGCCGUCCGGGUAUGGCAUUCAUGCUACCAGAAGAAGACGCGACUCAGCUUCCAUCAAGCUGUCGCUGAAUUUCUCCAUUUCGACUCUGACGCCGAUUGCGAUGAUCUGGCGGCUGCGACUAACUGCGAAAGCUCCAAAGAUUGUGUUACACACAACACCGCCGAUGAUGAGCCUGAGUUCCAUACGGGGGCUGCAAGCUACGAAGUUUGGAACUCGAUAGCUUCGCUCCACCGGAUGAUCAAGAACUACUUCAAUGCCCUCAUCAAUGCUGGAAACGAUUUAAAAGGCAACCAUGAAGACUUCAUCGCCACUUUUGCCCCAAAAAGGGAUGAUGGAACGGAUCUUUUCAACCUCCUGUUGACGCUGAUACCUAUCCCUAUCAACACAGCAGCAGCACGUUUCUUUGGAGGAGCUUUCAUGACAAAGGUUUUCUUCCAGAGUCCUGGCAAAGCGAAUGCAUGGGAGGCGGCAACUUCUAAUAUUGUGAAUGCGGGUGCUUCGAUUGCCAAGGACGCACUGAGUAAGGCCUCGGACAACCGAGCUGAGGUGUCGUUCAACGCAAUCUACGACACAAUCGUCACAAGCUGGAAAUCGCAGACGAACCUGUUACUUGUGAAGCUCUUCGAAGGAGACGAACACAACAUCAAGAUUCUUACUGAUCUCAUCUCGGAAGGCAAGAUGAUCAAGGGAGGACAGACCAGUAGAAAGCGAGCAGAGGAGUACGACGGAUUUACAGCAAGCUGGAAACAGGAGAAAAAUAUCGAGCGGGCAUUCUAUGCGGCUGCCAUCCCCGCCGCCUGGACCGCCAACCGACCCGCGCCCGUUGUCGUCGAUUUUGGCAACAGCUGCGAGAUCGAUGCGCGCGAUUACUUCACUGAGGAGCCGAAACAGUACAACGUCGGUUGGCGAUGUCCCAAUGGACACUCAUACAUCCUCGCGGGCGUACGAGAUGGCCCGCAAGGCUCAUGCGGCCCGAACAAUCCAGGGGAUGGCGGCGGGUGCAACCCGACCCACAAAUGGACUCUCGACAUACUGGAUGGUAUCGCCCAACUUCAGGAUGGCGACCUGGGCAAGUGGGGAGGCGUCACGGUGGACGACCUCAUUAUUGGUGCGGUCAAUACGUUCGAGAAGAACGGCAGAAAGAACGUGAUGGAUGCUACAGUGGGGGCGCCGGACAUCAAAGACAAGUCCAUCGCCGACGAAUACAAAGGCUCAAGGAUGGAUGUUCGCAGGGGCGGCCUCAUCCGCAUCCCGGUCUGUAGUGCGGAGGAGGCGACCGCGAACCUCAACAAGGGCCGUCAGUACUACGGAGAUUCGCCCAACUAUCCCUGCAACCCAUGA